UUGUUCUCUAACAUGUUUUGCUUCACAUGAAAAAUAAAAGUAAACCGUUUUCUCUAUGAAUGUUAUGAAAUAUAGUUGGCAUAAACUUUUGUACCACACUGUAUAAUAAUUUUUGGACCGGGGGUCUCUAUGAACCCCCUACAUUUUUAUAAAGAUAUUAGUUAAACUCUCUUGUUCUCUAGCCUAUUUUGCUCCUCAUAUAAAAUAAAAGAAAGCGUCUCGAUGAAUAUGAAAUGAAAAUAUCCUGAGUUGGACCCCUCCCCUAUAUUUUUAUAUAUAUUGAAAUUUUUGGGACUGGGGGUCUUUAAAGACCCCCUUCAUAUUUAAAGGUGUAGCAUAAAUAUUUUUGUUCUCUACCCUUGUGUGCUUCCCAUAUAAAAUAAAAGAGGACUUUUCUUUACAAGCUAUUCUCUUUUUCUUCUCACAACGGCUAACUCAAUCGUGCGGUACUGAAACGGUUUAGAAUUUUUGGGAAGGGGGGUCUUUUUGGACCCCCUACAUUUUUAAAAUUAUUAACAAUAAGAUUUUUGUUCUCUAACCUUGUGUGCUACCCAUAUAAAAUAAAAGUAGACACUUUCUUUACAGAGUAGUCUUUUCUCAAAGAGAACAGACAGCAGUUUUGACCCACUCAAGUGGCAAGAAUUUUUGGGACUGGGGGUCUUUAUGGACCCCUUAUAUUAAAAAUCUUUUAAGCCUUUUUGAAGAGUUCUUUACAUAUUGCCAAUUUUCUCUAAACUUCCACGGUAUAACUAAAUAUUAUCAUAACUAAUUUUUCUUGCUACCCAUAUAAAAUAAGAGGAGAAUAAUUCUUUACAUACUAGCCUUUUGUCAUAGAGAGCGGCGUGACUGAAACGGCGUACUCUGAAUCGUAAUUCGAAUUUUUGGGCCGGGGGGUUUUUUUCGACCCCCUACAUUUUAAAAAAUUUUAAUGUAAUACUUUCUCUCCAUAAAUAAAAUGUACGUAUUCUGUAUAAAUUUCAAUCUUUUUUUAUGAAUAUCAGCAUAUUUCGGACACACCAUUUCUGCAUGAAUUUGGGGGUCUUUCUUGACUCCCUACAUUUGAAAAAUGUUUAAUUCAGACACUUUCGUUCUCUAACCUUUCUUUGCUACUCAUAUAAAAUAAAAGAAACAUUUUCUGUAUAAAUUGCCUUCUUUGUCUAGAGCUCACCCCCCGACGUAACUAAACUCGCCAGAGUGUAAUUUUUGGGCUGGGGUUUCUUCUUGAAACCCUUUAAUGGAAAUCCUUGGAUUAUAAGAAAUUAAAAUAGUCUCGGAAUACAGUAUCUUAAAUUUUUUUGAGUUGAUUUUUUAAUAAGAACAUUUUAAUUAAAAUGGUGUGCCUUCCUUCUCUAAUGGUCCUUUUCUCGCUUCCUUCUCUCAAUUUUUGGAACUAUUCUAAUUUUUUAGGCUGGAGGGUAUUUUAUGAAUCCACCUUCUUUGAAAUUUUCUUUUAAUUUUUUAGAAACUUUACUAUAUCUUAUCCGAAUUAGCAAGAAAAUACUGUGAUUCCUCUUUGUUAUUAUUCCAGGAAAUUAAAUUUCACCGAGUUUCUCGUUAUCGUGUGAAGGUAUAUUGACUCGGAUAACAAGUCUUUCUACGAAAAUAAAUUAUUUAAAUUUAAUUCGUGAUUAUUAAAAAUAUUCGAGAUGUCUUUUAAAGCGAGAAUUAUUAUUUUAAUGUUUAUUAAAAAAUUUUAAUAUUGGAAAAUUUUUUUUUGAAAAAUUUUUGAAAAUUUUUUUGAAAAUUUUUUUGACUUUUUUUCAAUUUAAGAGUGCCUUCUCUAUACUUGUGCCUUUUAUAUUAAUUUUAAUUCUUGACCUAAAAGUCUAAAAAUCAGCAAAAAUGGACGCCAUCAAGAAGAAGAUGCAGGCGAUGAAGAUCGAGAAGGAUAACGCCAUAGACCGGGCGGACGCUGCAGAAGAAAAAUGCAGACAGACUCAAGAACGCUUAGAACGCGUUGAGGAAGAGUUGCGCGAUACUCAGAAGAAGAUGAUGGCAAUCGAAAACGAGUUGGACAAGGCACAAGAGGACCUUUCCUCCGCAAACAAUGCGCUUGAGGAGAAGGAGAAAAAAGUGCAGGAGGUGGGUCAUUAACAAAAUAUUUUUUUUAAUUGUGGCACUGUUUCACUAUUUGUUUUUAUAGUACUGUAUUUCUGUAUAUGGGUUGUGUAAAUGAUAUUUUGUGUGAAUUUCUUCGAAUGCAAUUGAGAAAAAAUAUUUUUUUGUGGGUAAUUUCACCGAGUGUUUGCUUGGGUAUCUCAAGAGGGACACUCGCGAUUCGUUUAUUAGCUUACUGUUUUUUCAUGGUCCUCUCAAGCGUAAAGUUAUACAAUUGGAUCUCACCUAUGUCUACAAGCAUUUAGGGUCCCUCACUCACAUGUGGGAGUCACUCACUCCCUCACUCACUUGUGAGAGACAAUACUCCCUCACUCACUUGUGAAAGUGAGAUCACUUGUGAGAGACACACACUCCCUCACUCACUUCUGAGUGACACUCACUAUCUCAACUGGGUGUAGAGAUUGUGUCUCCCAAGUGAGUGUCACUUAUUUAAGGGUCACUUUUGGGCACUCUCAUGGAUGUAUGCAUAAAUAAGGUACGUAUUCAUAGUUAACUUCAAAUAUAGAGUGUUAAGCUUAUCUACUAAGGGUUUAUUUACCCUGAUUUUUUACAGACACCUUAAGUACCUCCUUGAAGCCUUAAUAUUCAAUUUAACUAAUAAUUUUCCCAAUAAUUUAAUUUAUCUCUUAAACAAUUUUUUUCUAUAUUUUUAUUUAACAAUUAGCAUUAUUUGUAAGCAUUUACAACUUUUCUCCUCUCUCUCAUUAUUUUUUGAGUACUC